AUGGCGCUUCGCUGGGGCUACAAGCUUGAGGUCUUCGUCCUGGCAGCCGUGGGGCUCAGCGGCCUCCUCUUCCUCCUCAAGGCUAACGAGGAUGAGUUCCUGCAGACGGGGAACGCCUCGGUGGCCAACAUCUCCGGCUUCGCCGACCUGCCUGGCCACAUCCAGGACUUCCUGCGCUACAAGCAUUGCCGGGCCUUCCCCCAGCUGCUGGAUGUGUCCGACAAGUGCGGGGGGCCCGAUGGCUCCCCCGAGGUCUUCCUCCUCCUGGCCAUCAAGUCCUCGCCCAUUAACUACGAGCGGCGAGAGGUCAUCCGCAAGACCUGGGGGGAGGAGCGCUACAAGCAUUGCCGGGCCUUCCCCCAGCUGCUGGAUGUGUCCGACAAGUGCGGGGGGCCCGAUGGCUCCCCCGAGGUCUUCCUCCUCCUGGCCAUCAAGUCCUCGCCCAUUAACUACGAGCGGCGAGAGGUCAUCCGCAAGACCUGGGGGGAGGAGCGGGACUACCACGGGCUCCGCGUCCGCCGGCUCUUCCUGGUCGGCGAGGCGGGGGACCGGCGGGAGCUCAUCGCCCACGUGGGGCCCGUCCGGGAGAAGUGGAGCAAGUACUACGUCCCCAAGCAGGUCGCCGCCUCCGACGCCUACCCGCCCUACUGCGGUGGGGGCGGGAUCCUCAUGUCCGGCUUCACCGCCCGCGUCAUCCACCGGGAGUCGCAGGCCAUCGAGCUCCUGCCCAUCGACGACGUCUACCUGGGCAUGUGCCUGGAGCAAGCCGGCCGGAUCCGGACCGUGGGCGUCAGGGUGCCCUCUGCCAAGCUGGAGUCCUUUGACCCCUGCUACUACAACGAGCUGCUGCUGGUGCACCGCUUCGUGCCUUACGAGACGCUGCUCAUGUGGCACGCCAUCCACGAGCCGGACCUGCACUGCGGGAAGAGGCUGCAGGUCUAUGACCACGUCUGAGGGACACCAGGGGCCCGAGGGGAGGGGUGCCAGGAGCCCAAGGGGAGGGGCCCAAGGGGAGGGCCAUCACGAAGGUCUUUGUGGCUGGGCCCCACGCACUCCAAACAGGUCACCCGUGGCGUUCUCUCGUGGCCUGUUCCAGGAAGUCCCGCCUCCACGGAGGCGGGACUUCCAGGAAGACGCCACCGCAGGGCUUUCUGGCGGCUGGCACGUAGGGAGGGCCCAGAGAUGCUGAACAGCUCGCCGACUUCCAGGUCCUUCCCUGUGCCAACUGGCUAGACCCAUUUUGUCAGUGGCGUUUACCUCGGCUCCUCCCUUCCCGGUGGCUGUGCUAGACACUUCGAGUUGCUGUGGAGUCACCCUGCUUCCGAGAACGCAGAUGCUGGAAGCGGCCACUCUGCCGGGUGGAGGGGGGAAUUUUCUGCCUCCUUGACUAACUGGCACGUUGGCAACUGGUGCUCAAAUCCCGGGGCAGGACGUCACUGGCUUGGCCGAUGCCCAGAUCUUGGCUCGGAUGCGGCAUCUCCGGGGCCGAAUGUCCAAAUGCUGCAGGUAGCAGAGGGUGUGCCGGCCCAGCCUCAGUUUCCCUGGCAGCACUAGCUGCGAGCCAUGCCACCUUGCACCUGCCCAGAGCUCCGGGCCGCAGCGUAGCCACCAUCCCGUAAAGUCGAUCGAAUUGUGCCCAGUCAAGCCAACGGUGAAUUUUGGCUCGGGGGGGGAAGCAGACAGUACGAGGGGGGAGGGAUUUGGUGUUCUCAGCGGCCGCCGGGGCUCUCUGGCCUGCCUCGCUGAGGCACAGUCCCCUUGCUGCUGGCGGUUUGGCUGUUGGGUAUAUUGACCAGCAGGACUGCUGCUGCCACCUGCUCAGAAGAGCAGAGAGACGUGACGUCUGCCCCCCGCCUCUCUCCCCGGACCUGCCCGCCGGUGGAAAUGUUUGGGGGAGGCCCCACAGAGAAGAACCGGGCUGGGCCUGGCUUCUUGGGACCCCAACCGGGGCUGGGGAUGCCGGGUGUAAAACCGCACGUCUGCGGGGGAGCAAACGGGCCCCUCCCGUCCCGGUGGGCUAACACCCGGCCGCCCCUCUCCUCCGGGGGCACAGUCCCGCAGGGCUGGGUUACUGCAUUGCUCCCCUGCCUCCGAAAACCAGGCCUGUGCCCGAGACCCUUACAGGACACGGCUGCUCCUCACUGGGCUGGAGGCUUUCGGUUCAGGCCUGGGAUGUGUAGGACGUGAGGACGGGGCGACAGCCGAGCCCACAACCUUCCCCCGCUCUGCCCAAUCGCAGGGCAAAAGUGUUAAACCCGACCCCCAUCCCCACCCCCACCCCGGCCGUUUCUGUUCCUCAAGGUAGAAAGUGACCAAGAUGAGCCACCAGCGCCGGGCGCCUCUCGCACCCUGUUGGCCGCAUCCCCAGCUCUGACGCACGUCGGAGACUUUGCCACUUUAAUUGCCUUUCAUGGGAUCCACGACCCCAGAGUUUCCUGAGUCCCCGGCCUUGGAGUGUUUGUUUAAUCUGUUGCGCCAGCUCUUGGGCUGUUCCUGUGCCCUUCGGAACCGGGCACCUCAAUUGUUCAGCUUCGCACCUGGUGGCGAGCGAGAGGCAGAUCUCCCCCGGCUCUAUCAGCAGGCCAGAUAACACGGCCCCAGCCCUUCCUGCACCCAUAAAAAAAGCCACCCCGAAGUGUCAAGAAACUGACGCUCGGGUUCUACAUUCACCACCUGGCAUGGCAAGAGGCCAUCGCCGCCCCCGGGCCGUGGCAGAGUUCUCU